AGCAAGCUUCAGCGGUCUUACAAGUGGAACCGAACCCCGGAGGUAUCCGCCUAGGCAGCAUGGCCUUAUUCCGGUCGGGCCUCCUGGUGCUGACGACGCCGCUGGCCUCCCUGGUCCCUCGCCUGGCCCCUAUCCUGACCUCUGCGGCCCGGCUGGUGAACCACACACUCUAUGUACACCUGCAGCCGGGCAUGAGCCUGGAGGGCCCUGCUCAGCCCCAGUCCAGCCCCGUGCAGGCCACGUUUGAGGUUCUCGAUUUCAUCACGCACUUCUAUGCUGGCGCCAACGUGCACACGAACCUGGACGUCAGAAUCCUGCUGACCAAUAUCCGAACCAAGAGCGCCUUUCUCCCUCCCCUGGCCAGCUCAGUCCAGAAUCUGGCCCACCCGCCGGAGGUGGUGCUGACUGACUUCCAGACCGUGGAUGGAAGCCAGUACAACCCGGUCAAGCAACAGCUAGAGCGUUAUGCCACCAGCUGUUACAGUUGUUGUCCACAACUUGCUUCAGUGCUGCUAUACCCCGAUUAUGGGCCUGGAGAACUGCCUAUGGAGCCCCCGGAUGUCCCCUUACCCUCCACCAUCAGGUCAUCCUCCCCUGGGGCCAGAUCUCCAAAGCAGCCAGUGCGUGGCUACCAUCGCGGGGCAGUGGGUGGCACGUUUGACCGCCUGCACAAUGCCCACAAAGUGUUGCUCAGUGUCGCAUGCAUCCUGGCCCAGGAGCAGCUUGUAGUGGGAGUAGCAGACAAAGACCUGCUGAAGAGCAAGUUGCUCCCUGAGCUGCUCCAACCCUAUGCAGAACGUGUGGAACAUCUGAGUGAGUUCCUGGUGGACAUCAAGCCCUCCUUGACUUUUGAUAUCAUCCCCCUGCUGGACCCCUAUGGGCCCGCUGGCUCUGACCCCUCCCUGGAGUUCCUGGUGGUCAGCGAGGAGACCUAUCGUGGGGGGAUGGCCGUCAACCGCUUCCGCCUUGAGAAUGACCUGGAGGAGCUUGCCUUGUUCCAGAUCCAGCUACUGAAGGACUUAAGCCACAAGGAAAACGAAGAGGACAAAGUUAGUUCCUCCAGUUUCCGCCAUCGAAUGCUGGGAAACCUGCUUCGGCCUCCAUAUAAGAGACCAGAGCUCCCCCCAGCUCUCUACGUGAUUGGGCUGACAGGCAUAAGUGGCUCUGGAAAAAGCUCAGUAGCUCAGCGGCUGAAGGGCCUGGGGGCAUUUGUCAUCGACUGUGACCAACUGGGCCAUCGAGCCUAUGCCCCAGGUGGUCCUGCCUACCAGCCCGUGGUGGAAGCCUUUGGAACAGAUAUUCUCCAUAAAGAUGGCAUUAUCAACAGGAAGGUCCUGGGCAGCCGGGUUUUUGGGAACAAGAAGCAGCUGAAGAUGCUUACGGACAUUAUGUGGCCAGUUAUCGCAAAGCUGGCCCGAGAGGAGAUGGAUCUGGCUGUGGCUGAGGGAAAGCAUGUGUGCGUGAUUGAAGCUGCCGUGCUACUUGAAGCUGGCUGGCAGAACAUGGUGCAUGAGGUGUGGACCAUUGUCAUCCCUGAGACUGAGGCUGUACGACGAAUUGUGGAGAGGGAUGGUCUGAGUGAGGCUGCGGCUCAGAGCCGGCUGCAGAGCCAGAUGAGUGGGCAGCAGCUUGUGGACCAGAGCCAUGUGGUGCUAAGCACCUUAUGGGAGCCACAUGUCACCCAGAGCCAGGUGGAGAAAGCCUGGGCCCUCCUGCAGAAGCGCGUAGAUGCCAUCAAGCCAUGACUGAUAAUGAGUUUUCUGUGGGGCCAGAUUGGCCCCUGGGGCUGAUGAGAAAUCCAGUGUUGAGGCAGAAUGGGGGCUUCGAUGCUCACCCUUGCUUGGGCCUACAGGGCUCUGAGCUAAGCUGGCAGGGCGGGGCCUGAUGGAUACAGGAAGCCUACCCAGCUUGCAGGUGCUUGGCCAACACUGAGGAUGUGGCCCAUCAGGAAAGAGGCCCCUCUGGAAUUCCAACCCCCUUCUUGCCUACAGGUAUCUGUGAUACCUCUAGCUGGCGGGGUCAGUGGGUGGGGU